CAGGGAAGGGGCUCGAUGCCCGGAGCCCGUCAGCUGGGGCGCAGCGCUUUUUCCUCGGGCCGCGGAGCAGCAUGCGGGCAGGGGCGACGGUACUGCUGGCCCUUCUGUGUCUAGCCGUGCAGCCGGUGGGAGGGGGUGGGAAGAAAUUUUAUCACGGACCAUGCGGGGGUCGCGACUGCAGCGCCGGCUGCAAAUGCUUUCCAGAGAAAGGUGCCCGGGGUCAACCAGGACCAAUUGGAAGCCAAGGACCAGUCGGUGGCCCGGGAUUUGCUGGAUCAGAAGGCUUGAGAGGGUCAAAAGGCGAGAGAGGGAGAGCAGGUGCCCCGGGGGCUGCUGGACUGAAGGGAGAUAAGGGCCCAAUGGGAGUUCCUGGAUUUCAAGGAAUGCACGGGGUUCCUGGACAUCCUGGCCAGCCAGGACAUCGAGGUCUACCUGGCCUGGAUGGCUGCAAUGGUACUAUUGGGAGCCCGGGUGUCCCAGGACCGCACGGAAUUCCCGGCGCGCAGGGGCCACUGGGUGGUCCUGGACCAAAGGGUGCAAAAGGAGAACCUUCAUUUGCCCAGGGAGUUUUUAAAGGAAUUAAGGGAGAAAGUGGCCUUCCUGGAUUGGAUGGAGACUUUGGUCCUAUUGGCCGCCCAGGUCCACCAGGUCCCAGUGGCCCAAUUGGGCCACCUGGCUUUCAGGGGCCACCAGGCCUCCCCGGUCCCCCAGGUCCUAAAGGGAACAUGGGGUUGGGUUUCCAGGGAGAGAAAGGAGAAAAAGGAGAUGUGGGGCUUCCAGGGCCUGCUGGACCUCCGCCUUCCACUGGAAUCCUGGAAUUCAUGGGUUUCCCAAAAGGACAGCAAGGAGCAAAGGGCAUUCCAGGCCCCGAAGGAUUGCCUGGACUCCAAGGACUUCCAGGUUUGCCGGGCUUUGGGAUUUUUGGAGAAAAAGGAGAAAAGGGUGUGCCUGGCUUGCCAGGACCCAGGGGAGACAUGGGAUUCAAGGGAUUGAGUGGUGAUGAAGGCAGAAAGGGCCUAAGAGGUGACUCUGGCAUUCCCGGACAUGAUGGAUUUCCAGGAGGAAAGGGUGAAUGGGGCGACAUCGGUCCCCCCGGCCCCCCAAUUUAUGUUGAUUCAGAUGGUUCCAUAAUCUCAGGCCCUCCUGGAGAUCCUGGAAUACCAGGUGCCCCAGGCCCCAGGGGCGAUGAAGGGACCAUAGGCCUACCAGGUCCUCCUGGCCUACCUGGAUUUCCUGCUCCAGUUCCAGGGUCUCCAGGCCACUUGGGAUUCCCAGGCAUUCCAGGUCUCAAGGGUGAAACUGGCGACCCAGGAAGAGAAGGGAUUGGGUUCCCUGGCCCUCCUGGCCGAGACGGAGCUCCGGGUUUGCCAGGAGCUCCAGGGCUUCCUGGCCCAUCACGUGCCAUCCAUACCCCUGGAUUGCUACUUGACGGAGAACCUGGGGAGCCAGGACACCCUGGACCGAGAGGGCCACCGGGGUUACUUGGUUCAAAAGGUCACAAAGGUGAUGCAGGUGACUGUGCUUGCGACGGAGGGUUCUCCGGAUUUGGCUUCAGAGGAGAGUCUGGCGCUCCGGGUCAGCCUGGAAGACCAGGUGAAGUAGGCCCUAAAGGACUUUUGGGAGAGCCAGGAGACAUUGGCUUCCAAGGACCCGCUGGAGAACCAAGUUUAUUUGGCCAGCCUGGUCUUCCUGGUCAUAAGGGAGAAAAAGGAGAACCCUCUUUUGCCGCUGGCAGAGGCUUCCGGGGAGAUCCAGGGGAUGUAGGCCCCAGAGGGCAGGAGAUUCCAGGACCACCUGGUAGGGAUGGUCUGCCAGGUUUGCCAGGUCGACCUGGCCCUCCAGGUGAUGGCGGCCUGGGCUUUCCAGGGGAAAAAGGCCUGCCAGGACAGCCUGGAUUCAAGGGUCGGCGCGGUGAGCCGGGUCUCCCUGGCAUUGGUUUUCCAGGCCCACGUGGAAUCAGUGGGCCUCCAGGUGAUCCAGGAAUGCAGGGUCUUCCAGGACUACCUGGAUCUCCAGGUCCUCCAGGUGACUGCUGCUGCGGUGAGAAGUUUGAUAAUGGAGUCUUAGACACUCAGGGAGGUAUGACUCUGCCCUGUAUAGUCGCUGGAGCAACUGGUCCACCUGGAGUUCCAGGUCCCCCAGGACUUGCAGGUCCCAAAGGUGGCCGAGGGUUCCCUGGGAUUCCAGGGCACCCUGGAUUACGUGGAGUCAAAGGGCAGCCAGGGAUACCAGCGUUAAGUGGGCUUCCAGGAGUACCAGGCUUUCCCGGCAUUCGUGGAGACAUAGGGUUUCCAGGACCUCGAGGGUCUGAUGGAACAGAUGGGUUACCUGGAAAACUAGGCCUUCCUGGCUUGCCUGGUGCAAAGGGACCACCUGGCGAAGUGCUUGGAGCUGAGAAAGGGCCUCAAGGAGAACCUGGGCAACCAGGGUUGCUAGGAGACAAAGGCAUGACUGGAAAUCCUGGAUUUUCUGGGCAGAAAGGAUUGGAUGGAAGGCCAGGUCUGCCAGGAAUCAAAGGUGAACAUGGAGUACCAGGUCUUCCAGGUACCAAUGGACCCAGAGGACCUCCAGGGCCUGGAGGCCCAUAUGGCAUAGAAGGAAUACAGGGUCCAGAGGGCAUAGUCGGCUUGCCAGGAACACUAGGAUCCCCUGGGAGUAAAGGCCAAUCUGGUGAUCCCGGCCCACCUGGCCCGGCCGGCAUGAAGGGCUUCCCCGGUCUUGAGGGUUCUCCAGGACAUCCUGGUGAAAGAGGGCUACCUGGGCCGCUUGGUCUUUUGGGCCCAGAUGGAAAUCCAGGUUUCCCCGGAUCCAAAGGUGAAAAAGGCUCACCUGGCUUGCUCGGUUUCCCUGGCAUGCCAGGCCUACCUGGGGUUCCUGGUUUGAGUGGGGUGAAAGGAAUGUCCGGUAUACCAGGAGCUGAUGGAAUAACAGGGUUUGGUGGAGCCCAGGGGCUAAAAGGAGACAGAGGCGAUCCUGGUCCCCCCGGUCGACCUGGCAGACCUCCAGAAACAGUCCUCAUGGUUAAAGGAGACAGAGGAGAUCCUGGAUCCAUAGGGCUUGGUGGAUUUACAGGGCCUCGAGGGGACAAAGGAUUCCCUGGACCUCGUGGACAGCCAGGCCUUCUGGGAAUCAGCGGGUCACCAAGCAGAGAGAAAGGACAGAGAGGAGAUCCGGGCCUCCCAGGAACGCUCGGCUACCCUGGCUCUGCAGGACAGAAGGGAGCUGCUGGCAUCGUGGGGUUUCCAGGAAUGCCAGGGGGAAGUGGUGCUGAGGGCUUACCAGGGCCUCCUGGCUUCCGAGGAUCCAUGGGAUUGAGUGGCCCGAAAGGUGACCGAGGGGAGACGUUUGGCUUUCCCGGGGCUGUGGGACCUAAAGGUCAACGAGGGGACUCCGGGCUUCCUGGUGGCAGAGGCACUGAGGGACCAAAGGGGGAACCUGGGUACCCAGGAGGCAUUGGGCUAACUGGACCAAAAGGUGUGCCAGGCGACCUUGGCCAAGAAGGACCACCAGGUUUCCCUGGAAUCGGUGGUUCCCUAGGAAAUGCAGGUUUCCCAGGCAGUCCAGGAAAGCAAGGCCCUCCAGGUUUUCCCGGGCUUCCAGGCAUCGCAGGGCUGAAAGGACCUCCUGGCUUCCUAGGUUUGCACGGUCUCAAUGGUUUACGAGGCACAAAAGGGCCACCCGGAACUCCAGGGCCAAGUGAAAGUGGACUUCCGGGCACUGCUGGAUUCCCGGGUAGCAAAGGUGAACAAGGUGCCCCAGGUAUUCUGGCUGGAGGUCCAGGGCUUCCUGGGCUAAAAGGAGCUGUGGGAGACGCAGGACUUCCUGGCACUCCGGGCUCACAUGGUUUGCAAGGACCUCCCGGCAUUUCUUUUCCAUCUCUCAUUCCUGGGAGACCUGGUGAUCCUGGACAUCCAGGAGAAGAUGGUAGACCAGGCCCCAAAGGCCCCCCCGGGCAACAAGGACCCCCAGGCCCUGCCUUCAAUCAAGGCGAUACUGGCAACACAGGCUUCCCUGGCCUUCCGGGUGUGCCAGGCCUGAAAGGUGAUACGGGGGUCCCUGGGCUAGCUGGAAACCCAGGAGCAUCAGGAUUCAAAGGUAUGAUGGGUGACCCGGCCUUCAUGGGAUUGCCAGGUAAAGACGGGCCUCCAGGCGAUCCAGGAUUCCCCGGUCCAAAAGGUGAAAAAGGACGUAGAGGUUUCCCUGGCCUGCAAGGGCCUCCAGGCCGGACACAGAAGCCUGAACAUCUCACAGCACCUCCUGGGGAGAUGGGGCUGCCAGGAAUCGAUGGCAUCCCUGCCACGAAUGGGGAUCCCGGGUUUCAGGGAUCACCUGGAACACAAGGCCCCAAAGGGAAAGCAGGCAGACCUGGUCAGAUGGGAAGCAGUGGGUUCCCCGGGACAACUGGUCUGGUAGGAGACCCCGGGUCCCCAGGAAGUCCAGGGCCACAGGGACCAGAAGGCAUCGCUGGGAAGCCAGGCCCUUCCGGGUUGCCGGGGAUGCCGGGGCGCAGCGUGGGCGUUGGCUAUACCUUGGUGAAGCACAGCCAGUCGGAACAGAUUCCGCCGUGCCCAGUGGGCAUGACCAAGCUCUGGGAAGGCUACAGCUUGUUGUACGUGGAGGGCCAAGAGAAGGCCCACAACCAGGACCUCGGUUUUGCUGGCUCCUGCCUGCCUCGCUUCAGCACCAUGCCUUUUAUUUACUGCAACAUCAACGAGGUGUGCUACUACGCCAGCCGCAACGACAAGUCCUACUGGCUCUCCACCACCGCCCCCAUCCCCAUGAUGCCGGUCAGCAGCUUCCAGAUCCCCCAGUACAUCAGCCGCUGCUCCGUGUGUGAAGCUCCCUCCCAAGCGGUGGCCGUGCACAGCCAGGACAUCACCAUCCCCCAGUGCCCGGAGGGCUGGCGCAGCCUCUGGAUUGGAUACUCCUUCCUUAUGCACACAGCAGCUGGAGCUGAAGGUGGCGGUCAGUCACUCGUGUCCCCUGGAUCUUGCCUGGAGGAUUUCCGUGCCACCCCUUUCAUCGAAUGCAACGGCGCCCGAGGAACCUGCCACUAUUUUGCAAACAAGUACAGCUUUUGGCUGACCACGGUGGAACAGACCCAGCAGUUUGUCGAACUCCCCUUCUCCGAAACACUGAAAGCGGGACAGCUCCGGACACGGGUGGGCCGGUGCCAGGUGUGCAUGAAGAACUUGUAACCAAAGCUCCAGCCAGCAGAGGCUGUUGAAGAGGCUCCGCCGUUCUCCUUCGGCCGGAGGUCAAGGAUCAUGCAGACUUCUUCCAGCUGUGGGACCGACCCCGAGGGAUCCCUCAAAGCCAGGUUUCCCCCCCGCUGGGGCUGAGGGACAUCAUCCUCUAGGACUUGCGUCUACAUCACAAAACAUGGUGCUACAUUUCUUUCUUCCUGGCUACCUCAACAUAUCUUUCUUUUCCUUCCCGGAAGCUGCAUCUAUCUGACCAUUCUGUCGUCUCAGUGAAAUGCCGAACAGGUUGAAUGGGAUUUUAGGGGGGCCCUGAGAGGAAAAGUUCUUCUCCGCAGACCGUGGCUGGUGGGGAGCACUUCAUCUGUUACAAAGUGAGGCCUGAAGAAAAUCCCACAAAUGCGAUGGGCGGGGGGAGGGUUCUUGUAGCUCUCCUGCAUACACACAACUUCACCUAGCUUAGGCCCAAAAGAAUCAGCACUGAAAACUUCCCACACUUGCUUCAGACCAAACGUCCAUCCCUCUUGUCCAGGAUCUGUCUCCCCACAGUGGCCAACCAGAUGCCUUUGGGAAGCCCACGGUCAGGGCACAAAGCGGAAGCAGCCUUCCUCUGCUGUUGCCUCGCCAGUAACUGGCAUUCAGUGUCUGACUCUUGGACAAGAUUCAUACCCCAAAGCUCUUCUUGGUUUCCAAGGUGCUACGGGACUCAGAUCUAGGUCUGGUAUUCAGUUGUGUGCUGCCUCUGAAGCUGGAGGUUUCAUUUCGUUGUUGCAGCUAAGAGCCGUUUCAAGAUCUCCCCUGUGUUCAUUUGUCGGGUGUCUUUGGGAAGUCAUCUGAGGGGAGAACUGCAUGAGACACGGGGAGUUCCGGGGGUUUUUCUGUGCAAGUCAGCAAUGAGAUGGCCCUGUCUGGACUUUGAAGAGGGAGACGUUUAAGCCUUCCGUCUUCAAAUCCACUCGUGGAAUUACUAGCCAGGACAAGGAAGGUUCGGAGCUUAAGAUGGCAUGUCUAAGAACAUAGUUUCACUUUGAGUGAAAAUCCACGCUCUGCCACAGAUAGUGGCAGAAUCCAUUCCAGCUCCAUUUUCUUGACUUCAGAUAGGCCCCUGGAGCUGCUUUUUGCACCACUGGAGCAAACAUACAGGGCAACUAUUUGCAAGUGGAUUUUGCCAUUCUUACGCGGUAAAAAUCCAGUUGCAAAGCAGCUUUAGUGUGUGUGAAUGCACCCACGGGUUCUAGGUGAUAACCUGAUAGGGAAAAUAGUGGCUCUCCAUUUCAGGUUGGGAGAACAGAGUAGGGAAAAGGCCUAAACUGCCUUCCCUUUUGACGCUGAUCUGGAAUGCUUCCUAUAUGCUUAAUGGCAUGGCUUGGGCAGUCCUCAGAACUGGCUCACUCUCUUGAGCUAGCUAAUUGGAAUGUGCUAAGUCCUCUGCCAGGGACUCAUUUGAUCUGUAGUCUAACUUGAGUCACUUUCUUGGACUGUCUUGUUUGCUAAAGUCUGUGAGAGAUUCACUGACAGUUCUCGGGAUUAAUCUCAGCCUGAGUGUUUCCAGUAUGUUUUAAGGAACGUAUUCUACAUGCCACAUUUCUUAACAGUGUGACGCAUAUAUGUGCUGCAUAUGUGGCUCGAUGCUUAUAUUUGAAACUUCGCUCCUCUGCUUUGCAUAAUUCGCUUUGCUCUUGUCAUGCAGUUACGGAGCAGUUGUCGUCUGGAUGGCGAUGGGAUGAUGCAUGUUGGCUUAAUAGAAUUGGAAGGGGCCAAAAGGCCAUUCAGCCCAACCCCCCCCCCCCCCCCGCACCAUGCAGGGUGACUUGAAGCAUCCUUAGCAAAUCAUCAUCCAACCUCUGCUUAUACACCUCUAAAGAGAGGAAGAACCCACAACGUCCUUGGACAACCGAGACCAUCACUGAACUGCCUUUAUCAUUAAAUAGGUGUUCCUAAUAUCCCAUCGAAAUCUCCCCACUUCUGAUUUAAACCCAUUCUUACAAGCCCUGUCCUAAACUACAACAGUUUACUCUACCCCCAUCUAAAUGGCAGCUCUUCAAGUACUUAAAAUGAAUCACCAUAUCCCCCCCCCCAACCUCUUCUUCUCCAGGCUGAACACUCCAACUCCCACCACCCCUCUUCAUAAGGCUGUCUCCAAACUCCUCCUCAUCUUUCAUGCUCUCCUCUGCACCCACGGUGAAGUUUUUGCCCUUCCUACUAAAAAAACCUGUGGCCCUGCCCAUCUGAGAUCUCAUCAGAUCUCAGAAGCUAAGCAGGGCCAACCCUGGCAAGUACUUGGAUGGGAGACCGCCAAAGAAAUACCAUGGCAGAAUGCAGAGGCAGGCUGUAUUAAGCCACCUCUCUGAAUGCCCUCCAUGCCCCAGUAGGGGUCGCCCGAAGUCACCAUGACUUCCAGACAUGCAUGCGUGCGCAUACACACACAACACCCCCCACCCCAUGGGUAGCCUUGGUUGGCAUCAGGGGACUUGUCGGCACAUGUGGUAGCUUUAGGUGAACGGAACAUCUCAGGCCCACCUGCCUACUCCCCAACCUGUUGAGGGUUUUUUGGCUUGGGAUCAUAAUAGUAACCAGACAUCUUCAAAUCCACCUGUGAAAUUACUUGCCAGGUUGAGGAAGGUUGGGAGCUUUAGAUGGCACAUACAGGAAUAUAGUUUCACCUCGCGGGAAAAUCCACUCUCCCACUGCUAAAAGCAGAUGUCAGAAGCCAUUCCAACGCCAUGCCUCUUGCAAUAGGUUGCCGCUCUCAGCAACAGCCGUUGGGUAACUGAUGCUUUCUCACCACUCGUGUUAUUUAACCUCAAGUGAAAUUUUCUAUCGUCUCGGAUUCCGUAGAUCUGUUUUGGCCUUAUCUUUCAGAGGUAGCCUUGGAACUGUUGAUAUCUAAGUAUUAAUAGACUAUUAAACACACUAGGGUUAUGCCGAUGUUAACGGACAUGGUUGUUGAAUCUUUUAUACGACUCAAACCAUUUUUUUUCCUUCUGCCAGUCUUUUUGAAAAUGGCUUUUUAAUGCACUGCUGAAAGCAUCUUUGGGGCACUGACUGUAUUUUCCGUUGUUAUUUUUUUCCUCAAAGCCAUAAAACAGAAAAGAAUGCCA